UGCAAAUAUGGGCCUGGAGGCAAGACUAGCUGAAAAUGACAUGUCCUAUACUAUUUCUAAGUUAUCCUGAUACAGGUGCUUUACACUGCUGUUUUUAGGAGGCUCAAUGAAAUGAAAGGAAACUGCAGCUGUAACAGUACGUUUCAAACAGAACUGUUAUCUCCCAUCUACAGUGUAGCAGUGCAUUUUACCAGUUACCAAAUGGAUAGCUAUAUGGCAGAAAUAAUCUCUAUACUACUAUUUUUUGCAGGAGACACCAUAAAAUGGCAGUGAACAUUAGCAACAGGAGCAGCAGCUGUAACAGUACGUUUCAAACAGACCUGUUACCUCCCAUCUACGGUGUGGAGAUGAGUGUGGCACUGGUGGGGAACAUACUGGCACUGUGGCUGCUUGUGACUAAGGAGAAGAAGAACUGGCACAUGGGAGUGGUGUUCUCCUGCAACCUGGUCAUCAGUGACAUCUUUUACGCCCUCACUCUCCCCCUUCUUAUCCAUUACUAUUCAAGAGGACGGAUCUGGAAAUUUGGUGAUGCUCUCUGCAAAAUAGAGCGCUUUCUCUUCACCUGUAACCUCUACGUCAGCAUUUACUUCAUCAUGUGCAUCAGUGUUCAUCGAUACCUGGCCAUUGUUCAUCCAAUCUUCACACGCAAACACAUUCAACCAAAACAUGCCAAGAUCAUCAGUGUGUUCGUCUGGAUCUUUGUGGCAAGCAUUUCAUCUCCAAUCCUCUACUUUUCAGGUAUCAAGAAGGACAGAUGUUCCUUAUUUGCAAAUCUCAACAGUAAAUCAAACAGGUCUACCUACAGGGUGUUUGUGGCUGUUACAGGCUGUUUGGUCCCAUUUGUAGUUACUUUUGCAUCCUAUUUUGGUGUAAUAUGGGUGGUUUUUAAAAAUGCAAAUAUCACCUCACUGCAGAAGAAAAAAGUGGCUCUGAUUGUGGGUUUAGGCUGCGUCCUGUACGCUGUGUCUUUUGUCCCCUAUCACAUUCUGCAAAUACUGAUCUUUAAACUGUGGGAAGAAGGUAAGACUAAUUGUUAUGUGCGUAAUGGAUACCAAGUGUCAAAGGCGUUAGCCUGCCUGAACAUGUGCCUCCAUCCCAUCCUGUACAUGGCUGUGUUUGACAGUAUCAGGGCAGUGUGCUCAAGAAGGAGCUCAAAUGUAUCAAACUUACAAAUCACAGUUGGAGAACACUCGUCAAAGGACUUUGCAUUGAAAUCCAGAGACUGAGAUUGGAGAAGAUUUUGUUUUCCUGCAACAUUUGUGUUGAUUUGGAUGAAUGUUUGGGGUCAUUAUCAUGUUGAAAAAUUCAUCUAUGGCCAAAUAUUACCCUUCUGGAAGAGGCAACCAGAUUUUGGGCUAAAAUAUUACUGUAGUUAGUAGAAUUUAUAAUACAUUCAAUAUUCACAAGCUGUUAAACAGCCCCAAAAGGUCAAUGUUGCACCUCCAGUUUUAUUUUACAGUGGGUUUGGGGGAUUUUCCUUGUAUGCAGUUGAUAUUUUCGCCACGUGUUUCUUUUGGUAUCAUCUAAACUGAUUACAACGGUAGAUCCAGUGAUGAGAACACUGGAACAGCUCUCAGGAACAGCUUUUUUGUGCAACUCUUCCAAACAGUUUGUGGGGUUUAAUAAUUGAAUUUGAAACUCAACAACCCCAAGAAUCAAAUAAACUGUACAAUUCUGAUUCUGUAAACUUGUGUUCUUCAUCUGUUUUAGUUUCAACUUUAGCUCAUCUACUUUCAAGCUUUCAAAUUAACAAGUAGAGUGAUAUUGGUCUACAUUUGAUUAUUUAUAACCUCAAGUAAAUGCUGUAAUUAGAGAGUGGCUAUCCUGUAAUAUUUUUUUUUACCAGCCAUUAUUUACAAUGUGUGUAUAUAUCAGCUAUAACAUUA